AUGACAUUCGCAACUGAAGAGGAUUUGGCCAAUGCACGCAAAAUUAAGCUAAUUCUAGAUAAUCAUCAAUUAGAAUGGGUCAACAGCAACACAAAAACCUGUUAUUAUUGUCACAGCUCAACUCACUCUAUAUCAAAUUGUCACACCAAAACUGAAAAUCAAGCUGAAAACAAUCACAAUAGUAAUACAUUCUAUAGGUCAAAUAAACAACAAUCUAAUCCUCUAGCAAAUGAUCUUAUGGAUUAUACACUAUUAAAUACCAACAAUACACUAUUAAAUACCAACAAUACAGAAUUAAAAGAAUCAGAUAAUGAAACAAACCCUAAUGAAAAUAACUCAAAUUCAUCCAGUCGACAAUUCUACAACAUUUCACAACACAACAAAUUCAAAUCCUCUUAUGCGCAAGCAGUAAAACAAAUCAGUAAAACUAAUGCUAAUGAACUCACUAAUCGACUU